GGUAACCUAAGCCAGAGACACAUAUUCACGGCAUCUGCUCCACUACUGUAGCAACCACCCAAGGAUGUGGGAGUCAAACGUCCAACGACCGCAGCAGAAAACCUCACAGCAACUAAACCACGCAGUUAAAUGUAUCAGAAGAGGGAGCAGGAGAAAGGAAGGUAAAACAUCUGUGUGUGUAUUAAACAUGACCUGUGUGUGUGUGUGUACGUUGACUGAAAGGAAACUAGCUUCUAGGGUCUGUGUCUGUGUGUCCCUGUGGUGGAGCGGUGACCUGUCCAGGGUGUAAGCUCACCUUAACCCAACGUCAGCUGGGAUUGGCUGCAGCUCUGGUUGUCAGUUAACUCUGUAAGAUCUGUAACAGCAGAACACCGUGGAGUAACGCAUGUGUGGAAAAUAGCAGUGUGGGAAUCGUUAGGAAAACAGGGAUUAGACAUAACAGGGUUUAUGUGGCUGUCACUACUGGAUUCCUCUGAGAGGAAACUAUACACACACACACACUAAUCAGCAAUAAUAAAUACUUAAUUACUGUCUUCUCCUACUGUAACACCGGGUGAGGCAGAAUGAUGCUCUGUGAAUCAGUACUCUACAUCAAGGAUCUAGAAUAAUAGAUCAGCACCCUGAUCUUUUUUCUCUUUCGUAAACGGAUUUUUGAAGGAUUUAUUUCAUGCAGUUUUUAAAAAAAAUAUUAUUGUAACUUUUGCAGCCACUGCCGUCACUCACGUCCCUCACGUUCCAUCAGGCAGCUGCUCCUUCUGUGUUUUGUUUCUUGGAUACCGACAAACGUCACAGUCUGUAUCCCACCGUCUGUGUCUAGGUUUUGUUUUGUACGUUCACAACAAAAUCACACUUGGAGUCAAAGCAAAAACACACUCUGCUGUGACACAGAUUCACCUGAUACCUCUGACUCCUGCUCACGCCAACGUAACCGGCAACCUGGGCGUAACCACGAUGCUGGUGCUGAGUGAGGUCAGCAGCGUCCCCGACCAGACAGACGUCAGACUACAGACACCGACGGUGUGAAGCAGUGUGAUGCCACAGUCGUACACCCGGGAUCUGGCCAUCACUGGGGUUAUCUGCUUUUGUGGUGGAAUUGCUUUGACUCUCCUGGCCGUCCUGAUUUAUAACCGCGUGUCUCGCAGAAAGCAGCAGAAAAAAAGCAGAGCGCAGAAGGAAAAAGAGGAAGGCCCCACCACUGUGAUAGGCAACCAUGUCGGCCACCCAGAUAUCAACGAGAAGAGGAGGAAUUUCCGGAGAAAUCCGACAUUUGAUGGUGAAGGUGUGAUGAUGGACCGCGGUGACCAUUCAAGGUCCCACAUGGUGGAGGACGAUGGCCAUUUUAAGUGUCCAGACUGUCACGCCAGGGGACAAUGGUCCAAUCAUGUGAGAGGGAACAGGAGGACGGAGGACGAGGUGGAACUGGAGAAUGGGAGAAUUCACAGGCCUCCUCCUCCUCCUCACGGUAACUCCUCUCUUUAUCCCAGGAGAGACAGACCAGAGAGCACACAGGCACACAGAACAGACAGAAACACCUACUACAGGAGUAAAUCUGAGGGCAGAGGUCAUGGACAUGAGACGUCACACAACGAGAGUCUCCAAAGAACAAACAAAGCGCCGGAACAUUCCAUGAGACCUGGCAUGAGAGAGCCCGCUGUGAUGGAUGGGUUUCCUCAGCAUCACAGAGUCACUGACAGGGAUCGCAACGAUUUCCACAAACGCCUGGAUCAAAUGAAGAGCCAAGACUUGAGAAGAGAGUCGCGAAAUGUGACCUUUGAUCUGGAGUCCUUCAACCUCGAACAAGAACACACCGGAGAGGAGCGCCGGAGGGAGAAGAAGGUGAAGAGCAGAGACAGAGAAAAGGAAAGAAAGAAGAAACAACUGAGAGUUAAACUGAACUUAAGCCCUCUGAGGAAAAACAAAGUCCAGCCAAAGAAGAAAAACGAUCAGGGCAAGAGUUCCAAGAAGAGUAAAGAGAAAAAACAGGAGGGGAAAGAAAAAGACAAGGAGUCCAGGAAGAACGGUGAGCAAGAAGGACAAGGAGAUGCUGCAGGUUCUCAGGCGGAGAACGUGGAUCCAGGCUCCUCACAACCUGCUCAGCUCACCCAUAAUCCUAAUGCUGCAAGUCUAGUAUUUACCAACGGGCAGGGCCAAAGUAUUCUCAGUGGUAGAAUGCAGUACCAGCAGGCUGGAAUGGUUCUGAGAACUGCAAAUCAACCUGGGACAAAGUUUUCUUUGCUGGGUUCUGCUGACCCUCGUCUGACCGGCUACAGCCUUCCUCUUCCAGGCAGUAAUGCUCUCCUGAACACCGUGGCUCCAGCGGCUCCUGCUCUGAUCCCUGGAGCCUCAUCUGUGGCCCUGGGAACAGCCAUCAAUGCACCAAAGGUGGCUUUGAAUACUGGUCACAGCGGUCUCAGCAGACCACCCGGGGUUGGUCUACCACCCCCUGCUGCUGCUGCACAGUCUGACUCUCUGCAAGCGAGAGGUUUACAGACUCAAGGUGGCGCACUUCCAAUGAACCCUGCUGCUAACACAGUCAACAACCCUGCACCCACCAACCCAUCCCUACCUCAACCUCACAGCCAGACGGCAUCAGAGAGCGCUCCUCUGGCAGCCCAUCACUCAGGACCUCAGGCUGUGGAGGGACCUUCUCAAAGACCUGCUGAAGUCCAGCUCCCUAAAACCAAAGAGAACCUCCCUCAGCAGACACAGGCAGCACCGACUACAGAGAGUUCACCUGGUGUUCCACCUCAGACCAUUGGUUCAGAGCCCAGAGUGGACGUUACGUCAGCAGGUACAAGCAAGUCAGAGACUGGGAACAAACCAGCAGUCAAUGAGAAUGUGCUUCAAACCGAGGGAGCGGCGGCGGCGGCGGCGGCGUCUGCAAACGGCGUGGAGGCAGGAAGUGUGUCUGUACCUGUUGCGUCCGUGCAGACUGAACCGUCAGCAGGUGGUGCUAAUGAAGCCACUGCAGCUCCUCCACUGCUGCAGCAGGAGUUCAUUUCAGAGGAAGGAGGAUCCUCCCCCAGGAGGAAGCUGAGGCUGGUGCUCCCGGAGAAGAUUUCCACCCGACCGCCCACAGCACUGGAGAAAAAGAUUCGUUAGCAUCUCUUCCUAUUGUCCACGUAGUUGUUAGCAGAUAAUACUCAAAGACUUUUAUAUAAUCUUUUACUUAAAGAAAUACCGUUUUAUACAUAUAU